GAAAAAAAAAAAUUCAGCGAAUUUCAGGUUAAGCCUCUCACUAGACGGCUGAGAUUGAAAAUGUUUCAAUGAGAGAAGUUAACUUAAAACAAGCGGCUGAGAUUUAGAGAAGAGGUUCAGACUCAAAGGUUUGAACACGUAGAAGAAAAAGAAACUCUUUUGGCUUUGUCAAAAGUAAAAAUCUUCAUAUGAGUCUACAGUAAAUAAACAAUUUUCUUAAGUUAUAUGAAACAUACUUUAAAAUAAAUGAAUCUAAUUAAACAAAAAAGAAACUUUUUGUAUUUUUUUAUAAAAAAUAUCAAAUUCUUAACAUUAUUAUUUUAUAUAGUUGUUACCGUAUAUAAUACAUUUCAGCGAAUUUCAGGGAUACACCUCAAAUAGACGGCUGAGAUUGAGAAAUUCACUGAUAUUUCUAAUGAGAGAAGUUAACCUAAAACAAACGGCAGAGGAACUGAUGACUUCUGGAACACGUAAAAAAAAAAAAAAAAACUCUUUUUGGCUUUAAAAGUCUUCGUCUUGAGUCGCCAUGAAACGCAAGGGAUAUGAGACGGAGAGGUUCUCCAGCCACCGAAGUAUAGAACCGAUCCCUCUUGAUCUGAAGAAGAUGACUAGAUUGCAGGUUAAACCACACCAAAAGAAACUCCUUCGCAAAGUCGAAUCUAGGGUUUGCUUGAAACGCAAGGAGAGAGAUGGUAACGAGGACGAUGAGAGCGACAAGAGGCCAAUCUCUGAUGAGGUCCCGAUGCGUGUCGAAGACUUGGUCUUCCAUCAUCCUAAGCCAAGGGUUCGUCCAUGCUUACUACGCUAUGUCCUCCUCUGCAACCCGAUCCCGGUUUACAGUCGCUUUCAGCAACAGUGUAUUUGUCAAGGGUGAUGCCCAGCGUCUGUUCAUCUUCUCGUCUUCUUCUUUGGCUGCCAAUCUCCACAUGACUAUACCUUCGUUGAGCUUGUCUCACGUCUCCGAUUGUCCUUCCGUCCAUGGCUUUGUCGGUUGUUGUUAUGGUUUUCAGUUCACUAUAUGUAACCCUAGCACGGGUCAAGUCGUUAGCUUGCCCUGUAAAGGAAACCGCACAUCCUUGGGAUACGAUCCUGUUGAUGGUCAAUUCAAAGCAUUGUCUUUGGUGCCUACUCCUGUCCGGGGUUAUCAUAUUUGUGUUGUGCACGAGGUUAUAAAACUUGGAGGAGGAGGGGGAGGAGAAUCACGCAAUAUGGUAACCUCCCCACCUUAUUCCCCUCUGACGAAUAGACUAUGCAUUAAUGGUUUUAUAUAUUUUGGUGCUUGGGCCCCAAGACCAAGAAUGAAUCCGGUGAUUGUCUGUUUUGAUGUUAGACAUGAGAAGAUAAGUUUUAUCAAAAUGCCUAAGGAUGUCCUGAGUUAUUCAGUGUUGAUAGAAUACAAAGGGAAGUUAGCUUCCGUUGUUAGACACCAACCUUUGAGCUUCCGCAGUUUUGAUUUAUGGAUUUUAGAGGACGUGAAGAAAGGUGUCUGGUCCAAGCAAACAUUUGACCUUCCUUGCGAUUUGGUGAAUAUGACUUCCCCGGGCACCAACAAGGCUGGUGAAAUCAUUUUUGCUCCAACAAAACUGUCACAUGGUGCACAGCCCUUCUACAUUUUCUACUACAAUACUCAAACAAAAGACUUGAGAAGAGUUCGGAUACAUGGGAUUGCUGACGAUGAAGGUUUUAGGCGCCGUUAUGGACUGGUGAGCGAUUGUAAUGUCUCUGUCUCACCCGAACAUGUUGAAAGUAUUGCCUUUUUAUAAUUGUGUUUUUUUUUUAAUGGAUGUAAGACUUCGUCAAACUCUGGUGUUUAUUUCAAUCAAUAUUCAAGUGUUAUCAUAGGAAUGAUA